AUGAUGUACCCCCAUAACUCGAAACGCCUGGGAGCCUUUCUUGUCGGCCUUCUCGCCCUCGGACCGGCCAUCGCGGCGCCAACCCAUCAACUGCCGGAGGUAUGGCCCUCUCCUCAAGAGAUCUCAUCGAGCGGCAAGGGGGUCUCGCUCGACGGCACAGUGACCAUCGUCACGGGCAACGACACAGAUGCAGCCACGAUUAAAGCAAUUAAAUCGGUUGUUUCUUCUGCUGGCGGGAAAGCCGUCCUUUCAUCCUACUCAAGUGGCCAUGGUACACAGAUCGUCAUCGGCACCGGCUCGGGAAACCCAGCGGCGGCCGCAAUUGCUACAGCGCUGGCUGGGAAAUCUGCAAACGGCCUCACCGCCGAUGGAUACGUCCUUGCAUCAGGCCAAUACAAGGACCAGCCCAGCAUUGUGCUCAAUGGAGUCGACAAACGCGGAAUAUUCUACGCGUCGCAGACCCUCCGUCAACUUGUCGAUGGCCAGCAUGUGCCCGGCAUCAAGGUGCGCGACUGGCCUCUCAUGUCCAUCCGUGGCUCCAUCGAGGGGUUCUACGGUGUUCCUUGGUCGCACCAAGCGCGUCUCGAUCAGCUCGUCUUCUAUGGAAUGCAUAAGUUGAAUACCUACAUCUACACGCCUAAGGAUGACCCGCUCCUCCGCGCGAAGUGGCGCACCCUCUAUGAAGGCGAUGAUCUUAAGCAGCUGGAGGAGAUCGUGAGCACUGCCAAUACCAACCACGUUGACUUCACGUUUGCUCUGUCACCUGGAAAUGACCUGUGCUACUCAUCCGACUCGGACUUCAACGCGACCAUCACCAAGUUCAACCAGGCCCACAAUCUCGGUGUCCGCAGCUUCUACAUUGCUUUUGAUGAUAUCCCUGAGAAGCUGCACUGCGAUUCGGACCAGCGGAAGUGGAACAAGACGGGCAGUAGCAAUGCGAACGACUACAAGUGGCUGGCCGAUGCGCAGGCCUACUACCUUAACCGCAUUCAAAAGGAAUACAUCAAACCAAAGGGCCUCAAGGACCUUGAGACGGUUCCCACAAACUAUGCCGGUAGCGCACCGGAUCCUUACAAAGAAGAGUUCGGCACGCAGUUGAACAAGAACAUCAGCAUUCAGUGGACCGGCGAGGGAGUCUUCAGUGACCAAAUCAACGACACAAGCGUCCAACGCGCCGACAAAACCUACGUCACCGACAAGAUGUUCCUAUGGGACAACUUCCCCGUGAAUGACGGCAACCGAGACCGUCUCUUCUUAAACCCAUUAACCGGCCGCGCCCCAAAUCUAUACAAAUACCUCCUCGGCUUCACCUCCAAUCCAAUGGAACAGGCCUACGCCUCCAUGCCCGCCCUCGCAAAUUACGCCGACUACACCUGGAACGGGCCGAAGUACGACGCAAACAAAUCGAUGGAUGCAAUCCUCUGGGAGCUGUCCGGCACCAACAAAACCGUCCACAACGCCCUUCUUGCCUUCGUCGAUCUCAACCAGAACUGGCCAUACCGCGAGCCCGAGGUCUACGCGCCCCAGUUGAGCAGUGACAUUGCCGCCUUCUGGGCCUCGCGGAAUGGGUCCUCCAAGUAUCACAAUGCCGAAUCGGCUCUCCGAACUCGUCUUGCUCUUAUUUCUACGCUGCCGGAUGUCCUUCCCAGUAUGGCGAUGAAGGGAUUCGCCGCGGACGUGGAGCCGUGGUCGAUUGUUGCGAUGCAGUGGGCUAAGGCAUGCCAGCACUUGAUCUCUAUGCUUAAUGCGAUUGCGAAUGGGAAUAAGAAGAAGGCGGAUAGCGAGUUCAAUAUUGCUCAGGAAUGGGUGACGAAGACGAAUGCUACGACUGUUGAUGAUCGCGACGACGAUGGGAAGGACCUUCCUAAUUCGAUUACACCGACUACCGGCGAUGGGGUGUUUGAAUGGUUCUUGGGUAAUGCCACUGUCGUCUACAAGGGAGAGUAG